AUGGAAUGCACAGGACAAAAAGAGCAGGGGAAUCUCACCACUUUUGUAGAAUUCAUCUUGCUUGGCUUUGCUGAUGUUCCUGACCUCCAGGGAUUUCUUUUUGGGGUGUUUUUGGUAAUCUAUCUGAUUAUCCUGAUUGGAAAUAGCCUCAUUAUCAUAAUUACCAAGGUGGAUCCUUCCCUCCAGACCCCUAUGUAUUUUUUCCUUGGGAACUUUUCCUUCUUGGAAAUAUGUUAUGUGUCAGUCACUGUUCCCAGAUUGUUAGCAGAUCUUGGUCGACAAAAUAGAAAUAUUUCCUUUCUGGCCUGUGCUACUCAAAUGUAUUUCUUUCUGGUCUUGGGGGCCACUGAGUGCUUCAUUCUGACUGCAAUGGCUUACGAUAGGUAUGUGGCCAUUUGUAACCCAUUGCUGUACCCUCUCGUCAUGAACACUCGACUGUGUAUCCAGUUGGCAGCUGGCUGUUGGAUCAGUGGAAUGCCAGUACACAUGGGGUUCACCUAUCUCAUUUUCUCUCUACCCUUCUGUGGACCUAACCAGCUGGAUCACUUUUUCUGUGACGUACCUCCAGUACUUAAGCUAGCCUGUGGGAACACAUUUAUGAUUGAGAUGUUGAUUUAUGUGGUGGCUGUUCUAAUUGUCACUAUUCCUUUUCUGUUGAUACUUGGGUCUUAUGUCCAAAUAAUCUCAACCAUCCUGAAGCUGCCAUCAGCCACAGGGCAAGCCAAGGCCUUCUCCACCUGUUCUUCCCACCUCAUGGUGGUGGCUUUAUUCUUUGGAUCAGGCAUCAUUACAUACAUGAGACCAAAGUCCAGUCAUUCAGUAGGAAUGGACAGAUUCCUUUCUCUUUUUUAUACCAUUGUGACGCCUAUGUUUAACCCCAUGAUAUAUUGUCUGAGGAACAAAGAUGUCAUGGUGGCACUGAGAAAAUUUCUAUCAAAAUGGAUUGUGUUAUGA